GGCUGUGGCAGGCAGGGGGUUAAGCAGCCCUGUGACAGUAUGCUAAUGACGGCGAGAUCGGGAGGCAGGCUCUGGCAAGCAGAGUGACUGCUGAAGCCGUGUGUGUGUGUGUGAGAGAGAGAGAGUGUGAGUGUGUGUGGAAGGGGGUGUUUCUCCGGCUGCAUGUGAAAGCGAGAAACAGCUACUGGAAGCUCUCAGCUGCUUGGGAAGCGGAGACAGGAGAGGACGCGGCAAGAGAGGAGAGAGAGGCAUCUACACAGGCUGCACUUCUACUGGCACAAUGGCACCCCUAAGGCACCACUGAACGAGAGGAAGGCUUGGGGACUGGCUGAGACUGACAGAAAGGAGCAGCCCGAUUCAGUGCCGCUACAUACGUGAGACAUUGGAACAGCCCGUGCAGAACGACUCACCCACGAAGAUACUUUAGGAAUACAGAUAAGCCGGGGACCUUGUGGAUCUCACAAGCACAUGUGGAUUAGACCAGUGGCAGUGUAAAGCUGGCGUUGGCACAGGCGGAAUGAGAACCAUGUAAAGAAAGCUGAAGUACAGGAGGAGGUAAACACCAAAGAGAGCCUGGGAAACAUAUCUCUUCCUUCUCUCCUCCGACACAAUGGAACAGCGAAGGAUCUUGAUGUGGACUCAGGGAUCUGUAGGCCUCCACUACUGGGCGUCUUCUUCAGUCUUGAUAGUUUUGACCAUGUUAUCUUUAGAUUUUCCUUGUGCUUCCCUUUCUAACACUUUUAACGCUGAACACAGGGAUUGGACAUUUAGCCACCUUGCUGUACACCAGACCACAGGGGCAGUGUAUGUAGGGGCUGUAAAUAGGAUCUACAAGCUCUCUGGAAACUUGACUCUGUUGGUAUCCCACAACACAGGCCCAGGGGAAGAUAACAAGUCAUGCUACCCACCACAAAAUGUACAGCCCUGUAGUGAACCUCGUACUCUGACAAACAAUGUGAACAAACUUCUCAUCAUUGACUAUGCUGAAAACCGUCUCUUGGCCUGUGGGAGCUUGUAUCAGGGUGUGUGCAAGCUUCUUCGUCUGGAUGAUUUGUUUAUCCUGGUGGAGCCAUCUCACAAAAAAGAGCACUAUCUGUCAAGCGUUAACGAAACAGGUACCAUGUAUGGAGUGAUUGUUAAUACUGAAGGUCAGGAUGGCAAACUGUUCAUUGGAACUGCAGUAGAUGGCAAGCAGGAUUAUUUCCCAACACUCUCCAGCAGAAAGCUGCCUCGAGACCCAGAAUCAUCUACAAUGUUGGAUUAUGAGCUGUACAGUGACUUUGUGUCAUCUCUCAUUAAAAUCCCAUCAGACACACUUGCCUUGGUUUCACAUUUUGACAUUUUUUACGUAUAUGGGUUUUCUAGUGGCAAUUAUGUUUAUUUUCUCACUGUUCAGCCAGAAACCCCAGAGGGCAUCUCUAGCAAUUCAGCCAAUGACCUUUUUUACACCUCCCGCAUAGUGAGAUUAUGCAAGAAUGAUCCUAAAUUUCACUCUUAUGUUUCUCUGCCAAUUGGAUGCACCAAGAAUGGAGUAGAGUAUAGGCUUCUGCAAGCUGCUUACCUUACAAAGCCAGGAGCAACAUUAGCUAGGUCACUGAAGAUCACCACCCAAGAUGAUGUUCUUUUUGCCAUCUUCUCCAAAGGCCAGAAGCAGUAUCACCACCCACCUGAUGACUCUACAUUGUGUGUCUUCCCAAUCAAGACUAUUAACUCACUUAUUAAAGAAAGGCUACAGUCUUGUUACCAAGGGGAGGGUCAUCUGGAACUAAACUGGCUUUUAGGAAAGGAUGUCCAGUGCACUAAAGCUCCAGUUCCCAUUGAUGAUAAUUUCUGUGGUUUGGAUAUUAACCAACCUUUAGGAGGAUCCACCAUGGUGGAAGGUGUUACACUGUACACGGAAGGCAGAGACAGAAUGACAUCACUAGCAUCAUAUGUCUACAACAACGACAGUGUGAUAUUUGUGGGCACCAAAAGUGGAAAGAUCAAAAAGAUCAGGGCUGAUGGACCCCCUGUUGGAGGCAUUCAGUAUGAAGUAGUGAGUGUUCUUCGAGAUGGAAGUCCUUUACUGAGGGAUAUGGCAUUCUCUACAGACAACAAAUAUCUAUACGUCAUGUCAGAAAGACAGGUGUCCAGAGUGGAGGUGGAGCACUGUGAGCAGUACACAAGCUGUGAGGAAUGUCUGAGUUCUGGGGAUCCUCACUGUGGCUGGUGUGUGCUUCAUAACACGUGCUCGCGGAAGGAUAAAUGUGAGCGGGCGCAUGAGCCAUUUCGAUUUGCAAACAAUAUGAAGCAGUGUGUGAAGGUUAAUGUUCAGCCCAACAGCCUCCCCGUAUCUGAACACAGCCUGCCGCUCACUCUGGAAAUCAGCAAUGUCCCUGACCUUUCUGCUGGGGUGACAUGCUCUUUUGGUAAUCUGAAACUAGAAGAAGGUAAAGUGCUAAGUGGCAAUCGCAUUGUCUGUGUUUCACCAGCGGCCAAGGAUAUUCCCACCAUGCUCGCUGCCCAAGACUGGUUCGGUGUGGAGUUACAGCUAAUCUCCAAAGAGACUGAGAAGACUUUUGUCAGCACAAACUUCAAAUUCUACAACUGCAGUGCUCACCAGCAUUGUUUGUCCUGUGUGAAUGGUGAUUUUCGCUGUCAUUGGUGUAAAUACAGAAACCUCUGUACCCACGACCCAACUUCUUGCUCAUUCCAAGAGGGCCGUGUCAAUGUCUCUGAGGAUUGUCCCCAGCUAGUACCCAGUGAGGAGAUCCUGAUUCCUGUUGGUGAGGUGAGGCCAAUCACCUUGAAAGCUAGGAAUUUGCCCCAGCCACAGUCUGGCCAGAGAGGUUAUGAGUGUGUCCUAAACAUCCAGGGAGUGGUACAUCGUAUGCCAGCGCUGCGUUUCAACAGCUCCAGUGUCCAGUGCCAGAACAGCUCGUACAUCUAUGAAGGAAUGGAUGUAAGUGAUCUGCCAGUGGACUUUUCUGUGGUCUGGAAUGGAAAUUUUACCAUUGACAACCCACAGCUUAUUAAAGUUCAUCUGUACAAGUGUGCAGCGCAGAGAGAGAGCUGCGGCCUGUGCCUGAAAGCUGAUCAUAAGUAUGAGUGUGGCUGGUGCAAAGGAGAAGGCCAUUGUACGUUACACCAUCACUGCAUGUCGCCCCAAAAUCAGUGGCUAGACUGGUCCAGCAGGAAUGUCAAAUGUACCAAUCCACGUAUCCAUGAGAUUCUCACCGUGUCAGGGCCUCCUGAAGGUGGCACCAGGGUUACCAUCCGAGGUGCGAAUUUGGGCUUGGAUUUUUCAGAAAUUGCUCAAAAUGUGGUUGUGGCUGGAGUGCAGUGCACACCUGUGGAAGAAGAAUACAUUAUUGCAGAGCAGAUCGUGUGUGAAAUGGGUCAGGCUUCCCCAACAUCAAGCUCAGGACCCGUGCUUCUCUGCAUCGGGGAGUGCAAGCCUGAGUUUAUGGCCCGUUCUCUGCAGCAGUACACCUUUGUGUCUCCAACAGUGGCUCAUCUGAGCCCAAGUCGCGGCCCUGAAUCUGGUGGAACUAUGAUUACCAUCACUGGACACAACCUUGCAGCUGGAAGCAUUGUCUCAGUCACUCUAGGAAACCAAACCUGUGAAUAUUAUGGGAGGUCUCUUAAUGAGAUUGUCUGCGUGGCAGCUCCAUCCACUCAUGGCCUAGGUCCUGUUCAUGUAUCUGUGAGCGUGGACAGAGCUCAGCUUGAAAGUAACCUACAGUUUGAAUACAUUGAUGACCCCAAGGUCGUGCGCAUUGAGCCUGAAUGGAGCAUCGCCAGUGGUCACACUUCUUUCAUGGUCAUUGGCACCAAUCUGGACAUCAUUCAGCAGCCAAGAAUCCGAGUGAAAUUUAAUGGCAAGGAAUCAGUGAAUGUGUGUAAAGUAGUAAAUGCUACGUGCUUGACAUGCUUGGCUCCAGCUUUGACAUUAGAGUAUCGCCCAGGCUUGGAUUCUGUGGAGAGACCAGAUGAAUUUGGCUUCAUCUUUAACAAUGUGCAGUCACUCCUUGUCUUCAACAACACCAAGUUUAUAUACUACCCCAACCCAACCUUUGAGCUUCUCAGCCCUAAUGGAGUUCUAGAGCAGAAACCAGGGUCUCCAAUCAUAUUAAAGGGGAGAAAUUUGUGUCCUCCUGCAACAGGGGGAGCCAAACUGAGUUAUACUGUACUGAUUGGUAAAACUCCCUGUGCAGUUACUGUAUCUGAAACUCAACUUCUCUGUGAAUCUCCAAAUCUCACCGGACAGCAUAAAGUAACAGUUUAUGUUGGUGGCAUGGUGUUCUCCCCAGGUUCUAUCAAUGUGAUACCGGACAGCCUCCUAACACUCCCAGCCAUUGUCAGUAUAGCUGCUGGAGGAAGCCUUCUCCUUAUCAUUGUCAUCAUUGUGCUUAUCGCUUACAAACGCAAGUCUAGAGAGAAUGACCUCACUUUGAAACGGUUGCAAAUGCAGAUGGACAACUUGGAGUCACGAGUGGCCUUGGAGUGCAAAGAGGCAUUUGCUGAGCUCCAAACUGAUAUAAAUGAACUGACAAGUGACUUGGAUCGCUCGGGUAUACCGUACCUGGAUUAUCGAACGUAUGCCAUGAGGGUGCUUUUUCCUGGGAUAGAGGAUCAUCCAGUGCUUCAAGAGCUGGAGGUUCAGGGUAACAGGCAGCAGAGUGUGGAGAAAGCCUUGAAGUUAUUCGCCCAGCUAAUCAACAAUAAGGUGUUCUUGCUGACAUUCAUCCGCACUCUAGAGCUUCAACGCAGUUUCUCGAUGCGUGACCGGGGGAACGUGGCAUCCCUCAUCAUGACGGCUCUGCAGGGAAAGCUGGAAUAUGCCACAGAUGUCCUCAAACAGCUGCUCUCUGACCUUAUUGAGAAAAAUCUUGAGAACAAAAACCAUCCCAAACUGCUCCUGCGCAGGACAGAGUCUGUAGCAGAAAAGAUGCUGACAAACUGGUUUGCUUUCCUCCUGCACAAGUUCCUCAAGGAGUGUGCUGGAGAACCGCUGUUCAUGUUGCACUGUGCCAUCAAGCAACAGAUGGAGAAAGGACCCAUUGAUUCCAUUACAGGGGAGGCCCGCUACUCGCUCAGCGAAGAUAAGCUGAUCCGCCAGCAGAUCGAGUACAAAACGCUGAUACUGAACUGCGUGAACCCAGAUAAUGAAAAUAGUCCAGAGAUCCCAGUGAAGGUUUUAAACUGCGACACCAUAACUCAAGUAAAGGAGAAGAUUCUGGAUGCAGUCUACAAAAAUGUGCCAUACUCUCAAAGGCCGAGAGCUGUCGAUAUGGAUCUAGAAUGGCGACAGGGGCGCAUAGCGAGGGUCGUUUUACAGGAUGAAGAUAUUACAACCAAGAUAGAGGGAGACUGGAAGAGGCUGAACACACUUAUGCACUAUCAGGUCUCAGACCGGUCUGUUGUAGCCCUGGUUCCAAAACAAACCUCGUCCUAUAAUAUUCCAGCUUCUGCGAGCAUCUCCCGAACAUCCAUCAGCAGAUAUGAUUCCACAUUCCGCUACACAGGAAGCCCUGACAGCCUGCGUUCACGUGCCCCAAUGAUCACCCCAGAUCUGGAAAGUGGUGUAAAAGUUUGGCAUCUGGUGAAAAACCACGAGCAUGGAGACCAGAAAGAGGGAGAUCGGGGAAGCAAGAUGGUGUCCGAAAUCUACCUGACUCGGCUGCUCGCGACAAAGGGGACGCUACAGAAAUUUGUGGAUGACCUGUUUGAGACACUGUUCAGUACGGUGCACCGAGGCAGCGCUCUCCCGCUGGCUAUCAAAUACAUGUUUGACUUCCUGGACGAGCAGGCCGACAGACACAGCAUUUACGAUACCGAUGUGAGGCACACAUGGAAAAGCAACUGCCUACCACUUCGAUUUUGGGUGAAUGUCAUCAAGAACCCUCAGUUUGUAUUUGACAUCCACAAGGGAAGUAUAACGGACGCCUGCCUUUCUGUAGUGGCUCAAACUUUUAUGGACUCCUGCUCGACCUCGGAGCAUCGACUGGGCAAGGACUCCCCCAGCAACAAGCUACUCUAUGCCAAGGACAUCCCCAACUACAAGAAUUGGGUGGAAAGAUAUUAUGCUGAUAUUGCCAAGCUCCCAGCCAUCAGCGACCAGGAUAUGAAUGCCUACCUCGCAGAGCAGUCCCGCAUGCAUGCUGCCGAAUUCAACAUGCUGAGCGCCCUUCAUGAGAUUUACUCGUAUGUCAGUAAAUACAGCGUAGAGCUCAUCACAGCCUUGGAGCAUGAUGAACAAGGACGUCGGCACCGCUUAGCUUACAAAGUGGAACAACUCAUAGGAGCAAUGAGCUUUGACAGCUGAACUUUACUUCGUUCCCCUUAACUUUCUAAAGGGGGAAAGGCUCCUGGCAAAGACUCUGCUAACAGAGUGACAGGAUUCCCUUUACUUUAUGUCCAACUGUGAAGAACUACAUGAAGUGUCAAUAGGUCUAACAGUAGUUUGAACCUAUCACAGAGCAAGGAAAGCAGCAGACCCUGUCCCAAACACGUCAUUCCUUACCUGAAUUUGAAGACUCCAGAGAGGACUUUUGAGUUGGAGAGGCUGCUUAUUGCAUGUUCAAUGUAAAUUAUGUGACUACAGACAACAAAAGACUUAACUGCUCUGUUGGUUUGGGUGAUUGUUUAGCUUGUCUUCUCUUCAACAGACUUCUUUUUUCUGUUAUUUAUUUUUACUUUGGGGAAAGAGACCAUUAUUUUCAGCCCGUCUUGGGAUACAAAAGGGAAUUUCAACUCUGCAUCGUUCCUCUUAUUUAGCCAAUGUUGGCAUAUUUUGCACUGGUUCAACAGAUGACUUUCCAGAUGUCCAUGAUACACAGCCGUGGAACAUUUCAGAGUGCCAACCUCUGCUUUACGACACACUUUCCACAGGUCUCUGUGGAACUUCACUGACAUUCACUUCCUAUUCACCAGCUGAACUAUUAACAGACACAAGAGGUGUGUUCCCAUAAACCCUUUCAAAUCACUGUUUACCGGACCAUUGUCACGUAUUGCAAGUUUGUCUACACCAUGGCCAAGAGCAGUGAAUGGGACACAUCCGUAGUGAGUUUAAUUAAUGGGCAUGUUUCUGACAACUGAAUCACAAGUAGAAAUGGUAGGGGGUACAUUAUCCUAUAGAGCAGUGGUCCCCAAUCGCUUUGAUGUUGCUCCAAGUGGUCUCAAAGUAGGUGCUUCUUUUUGAAUUCCUGGCUUGAAGGCAUGUUUUGGUUGCAUAAAAACAGGUUUAUGGACAAACAGAGCCUCCUUUGGGCUGCUAGUACACAUAGGCUAUCACAUAGCCAAUCACAGCCCUUAUUUGGCACCGACAUGAACUUUUGUCAUGCUUGUGUUGCUCUCCAACUUUUUUUUACAUUUGAAUGUGGCUAACGGGUAAAAAAGGUUGGAGACCCCUGCUAUAGAGUAUCAGCUCAGUAUUCAGCAAUGCAUGACCAUGUUUUCCUACCACCUUCUCCAUUCAUGAACCGACAUUCCUGUAUAGCACUAAUAUUCAGACCAUUAUAGGGCCACUAAAUAAAUACCUGCUUAUAUAUUGAAUGACCAUUAAAUGGCCAGUAACAUGAAUUAAUGUUGCACACAUACCAUAACAUGCACUUUGUCUGCCUUUUCACAAGUUCUGUAGAAAUACAUUUCAUUAUAAUAUAAUUCUAUAUGCCAUUGGGCCUAGCUCAGAGUUUUUAUAAUCAGAAGCUCCGCUUAAAACAAUGGUUCUGAGUCCAAAUAUGUAGCCACUGUUCUCCUGUGAGUUUCACUCACGCUAACCUUUGGUUGGACGUCCUAACCAGGGUUGCACCAGUGGUCCCAAGGUGAAGAGCACAUUGAUUGGCCGUCACAGCUGCCCCAAAAGAAUUGUGAUAGCACUACCCUCAAGUAGGGGAAUGUAAAGAAAAAGCCUGUACAGGCCUAGCGCGCAGCAAUGGAAGCAGAUUAACUAUAAUCAAAAAUACCAGUUUAUUUAUUAAAAAAAUUGCUUUGGAACAGAUUCGUAUGUAAAUAAAUGGUUGUGGUGAGGUUUUCCAGGUUACUAUACGAGGAAUGCCAUUUCUGGUCAGAAGUUAUAGCAAGUUUUAUGGAGCACCCCUUAUCCUGGUGGUUCCUGAGCUGUUGCCUCAUGUGCUCAUAUAUAAACAUGACUCAUUGGGAAUCAAGUGGGAAUCACUAUGGCUGUCCUUGUGUACACUACAAGUAUUCUUUAAAGUGAGAAGACCUGGACUCAGAAUCAUAUCUCUAAAGAAACAAGAUGGUGGGGAGAUUUGUCUGAAGAUUGGAGUUGCCUCAAACAUUUCACAAUUCCAUUUCUGCUUUUGAUCCCCCCCCCCAUCACUUUGUAAGGCCUAUCAUAUGCCAUGAUUUGCUGCAUAAAAGGGAAUUUUAUGAACACUCCGGAAUUAAUGCAUGGGUAAUUUCAUUUGUCAUUCUCCGCCCGUCAUUUCCAUUAUUCUCAUUUAUGGCUGGACGUGAUCAGCUUAGUCAGAAGCAUCGCCCACAAAUUCAUUUCUUAACGAUGAUAUGUUUACAACAGCCAUUACUUGAACUAGCUUUGGAUAUUUAUUUUUUAUUGCCGUUUUGUUUGUUAUAUACAUUCUCGGAACAUCAGCCUCUUGACGCACGCUUGUUUUCGAUUGGUUUACUCCAGUCUGUCUCAGCACUGCAUGAUUUAGUCACUGGCUAUUUCAUGGUCAUUUAAAUGCCACUCCUUCUGUUAAAGGGAAACUGGCGCAUUGCUCUUACAUGAAAGCAUCAUUUUAAGUUAAGUUUAACUUAAACUUCCCUAACAUACUCAGAUAUAGCCUCUUUAGUAGGUGAAUGUUUGAUUGGCAAUACUGAGCCAUAUCUCGGAAACAUGAGUAUACUUGUUUUACUCAGUAAAAAAAAGCCAUACUAAACAUUUUCGGUAUGAUUAAAAUAUAACAUCCCUUUUAAAUUUGAACAUUUCUUAAAAAGCACAUUUUCAUGUAAUAGCAGUUGUGGUUUCUCUUCUCUCCCUCUGUAACAACCAAUUAAAAAGCUCCUGGGAGCACAUAAAACCAUGGCAGACUUAAGUAUGAUACAUUCUAUGCAGGCGGCCAUGUUUAGCAACCUGUUUCAUGUGCUCAAGGAAGUCUGCAUUGCUUAUUGCGACUUUACUCUUCCCGCACUGGAAACCAAAGCCCCCAAUCUUCUCUUAUUCACCUACUGUACUUAGAGGCCAUGCAGUGAAUUGCAGGGCGAUACAGUGCUGGCCUAGAAGACCCGAUUCUCUUUCUAUGUAUUUAAUGUUUCCUAAUGAAAAGUCUCUCUCUCUAUUCCCUAUUUACAGUUAGAGAUAAAUGAAUUGGGGUGAUUUAAGAUUUGAUUUGUAUCCAUCCAAGUGAGACAUUCUGAACCAGGUUUAAUCGUUUAUAUCAAAUAGAUCCAGGUGAAAUCCGUGUGCAAAAUGAAAAAAAAAAGUUGAUUUGCUUCAUUCUACAAACAAUGUAUCUGGAAUUCCAUUGUCUGAAUUGUUCAUCGUAUACCUUGGCUGCUACCGAGCUCCCCGUCGCCAUGUCUUUGUUUGCGGCUGGAGCUGCUCUUAAUAAUUUAAAAUAUAGACAUUCCCAUAUUUUUUUACAACUGAUCAUCGUUGAGCAUUGUCCGACUUGUUGGGUUAAAUAUACCCAUUUCCAGUAGAAAGUCAAGAACGUUGUGGUCUUAUGUGAUUCAUGUGCUGGACAUUGAGCGAGUAGCGAGCGCUUUAGAAAACAACUCGAGCGCCUAUUGUAAAUGUGCCAAAACCCAGAGUACCCACAAUUCCAUAGCAGUCUUUAUUUUUCUACAGUUCAUAGCAAAGCGUGUCAGAUGAUGAACCAAACCGAGCAAUGAUAUUGCGGAGUCCAAACUCUGGGAGUGGGCCUGCUUCUCCCCAGCUCUACUGCACUUGUGAACGAUAAUAGUGUGUCUUUUGCUUUCUCUCUUUUGAUUUCCUCGUCUGCCUCGCUUUUUUUUUUCUGUCAUUUUUACAGAUGUCGUGAAAAUUUCAAAAAACGAAAGACAAAAAAAAAAAAAACCUGAAAGUUUUAAUUAUUUAAAAAUGUUCGGAGACAAAAAAGUUUUGUUAUUAUUUUAAUAUAUUAUUGUGUACCUAUUGUAAAUAUGAAACACUCCUAUUUUGCAAGCCAAGGACCCACUUUGUACUAUUGUUAUAUAUAAAUAAAGUUUACUGGAUAAAAAAA